GCUCAAGUGUCAGAUACCUGAGGUGAAUUAACUCGCAGACUUGCAGCAUGGUCGAGAAACUGCAUCGUCUAAUGGUUAGAUGCAUGUGAACCUUUGUUGGAAGACAGUGCAGGUAGGGCGUCGAAAAUGCCUUGUAAGAAAUAACAUCCAGUUGCGGAGCAUUAUGCCUAACCAUGGCCGACAUACAAGAUGCCGCUCCCUGUUCUCCAUGCUGAGGUCAGUCCUCCAUAUAGGGAGUCGACGACCACCUCUUUUGCAGGGAAUACUGUUGUGCUCACUCCACUUCUUGGCCACACCCAUCCUUCAUGCCGCCGACGGGAUGAUUCUUCCAAGGGCAGGAUGCUCCGCUUGGACCCAUGAUGCCCGUGCAGAUAUCGUCGAGGAUCGUGGCUUCCUGCACGCCCUUUGGGCCCUCUUGUCCUUUCUCUGCCCUUCUCUUGUCCCACUUCUCUCCCGGGUUCACGCAUCUUCACUUGCCUCGGAAAGCCACACAACAGGAACAUUUAGGGUUGAAACAUUCUUCAAACAAAACCCCCCACACUCUCGGUCAACGUCGCCCCAGCCCGCGAGGGAUUCCAUCGCGCUUUGUGGUAUUUCCGGGUCCUUUUUGUCUACUUUGCUGGGAAGUGGACAUGCGCCGGCCGGCUCAUGGACAACACCGAGAAGCCCGUCAGCAGCCACCACUUCACAUAUCUCAAUGCUAUCUCGACGACAAAUACGGCGCCGCAACGAGCCUUGUGCGGAUGACCCGGAGGAACAUGAGGAGUUGCGAGAAGAAGUUCGUGACACCCAAAUACCUACAAGACUCACAUGUACCAACCACAAUGUCCACAACCAGAAAAUCGAUUAACCAAAGGCUCAAGCUUCGACGAAAGGCAGAGUGAAGAUGAGCUGAAUUAGCAUCAUAACGACAGAUGACCAAGAAUGACGAGCUAUAUACACAACCAGUGCCGCUAUCCUCGCGUGCUAUAUUGGGCAAGGAACUUUCAACCGUACCAUCGAGCCACCGACCAAUCCAGUCUAUAAGAUGGCUG